GCAUUCGUUCAGCUCACAUGUCAUCAGAUUUGUACAGGGACCGCACAGAGUUGAUGACUGUCAACUCAACUCUAAUUAGGGCUACUUCAGGCACGAAGCGAAAUAAGUAGACAACUGCAAGAGGAAUCGUAAAUAUGUGGACACGUUUCCUUUAAGAUUCCCCCUCCCGGGUUGACAAUUGUAGCGGGUGUGACGUUUUCAACAUCUCGUCCGCUAAGGAAAAUAUGCUGUUCUACGCCUUCUAAUCCGGAGAAUUUCAACCUGGUAAUGAAAUUGUAACCAAAGAGGACAGCUAUGAAUUCAUAAACUCAAUGGAAGUGUUCCCGUCAUUUCAACAUCCACCCAAAAAGAACAACAGGACGUCUCGACAGGAACGUCUGGGUUUUGACAGCUUUCGACCGAAGUAGCAAGUUAUCAUUGCCCUGACUCUGAACCGCGAGGCAGUUUGGUAGGAUCAUUCAGAACCCCACACUGGUGGACCAACAGCAAGCCUACCCAUCUCGCCCUUUCCUGGCCAGGGCUAAUCGCCACACAGUGACAGGACUGUCUGUGUCGACUGCUGCCCAGAUGCCCGGUGGAGGAUGCCUUCGCAACAGCUAGACAUGGAGGUGAUGACCCCCCUCAUCGAGAACCCUGGAGGAGUAGGGCAGGAGGAGGAGAACUCUGAAGAGGACCAGGAUCCUGAGCUGCUGCCUGUCAGACACUAUGAGCUGGGAAACAGCCACCAGGGCAUCACGUUUACUCAGGCUCUCAUCCACCUGCUGAAGGGGAACAUUGGAACUGGGUUGCUGGGUCUUCCCCUGGCAGUACGCAACGCAGGGGUCAUAGUGGGGCCUCUUUGCCUGGUGCUGAUGGGUGUGGUCUGUGUUCACUGUAUGCACAUCCUGGUUAACUGUAGCCACCACCUGUGUGAGAGGUUGAAGAGACCUCCCCUAGGGUACAGUGACACAGUGGCCUUCUCCAUGGAGCACAGCUCCUACCAGUGCUUCAGGAAGAGUGCCAGAUUUGGGAGGCACCUGGUCAACUUCUUCCUGGUGUUGACACAGCUGGGAUUCUGCAGUGCAUACUUUGUGUUCCUGGCAGAGAAUAUAAAACAGGUCGUUGAGGGAUACCAAGGUGUAAACAUCACCCUGGCAGCUGAAUCCCUGUCAUUCGCCAACACCUCCAUGGUGCCAGCCCUGGUCCCUCUACCCACCAUGGUGCCCUCUGAGCCCUGGGCACUGGACCUGCGUCUUUACAUGCUCUUCUUCCUGCCCUUCCUCAUCCUGCUGGUGUUCAUGAAGGACCUGAAGAACAUGGCUGUCCUGUCGUUGCUGGCCAACGUCUGCAUGGCCGUCAGCGUCAUCAUCAUCUUCCAGUACAUCACGACGGAUUUUGGGGACCUUCAUCGUCUCCCUCUCACUUCCCCCUUGGGCAAGUUCCCCUUCUUCUUCGGAACAGCCAUCUUUGCCUUCGAAGGCAUCGGAGUGGUUCUUCCUCUAGAGAACCAGAUGAAGGAACCGAAGCGGUUCCCCACGGCUCUGAACAUCGGGAUGGGUAUCACCAUCGUCCUCUACGUUGUCUUGGCAACGCUAGGCUACCUCCACUUUGGUGACGACAUCAAAGGAAGCAUAACCCUUAACCUUCCUCACAAUGCUUGGACCAAUCAGAUGGUGAAGAUCCUGUACUCCUUCGGUGUGUUUGUCAGCUUUGCCAUCCAGUUCUUCGUCCCGGCGGAGAUCAUGAUUCCCCCGGUCCAAGCGAGGCUAAGGAAGAGCUGGAGGGCACCCUGUGAGAUGAUCCUCAGAGGCCUGCUCGUCUGCCUGACCUGACAAUGACCCAACACACCGCCAGGCUGUGUAAGUGCUAUUUGACCAAGAAGGAGAGCAAUGGAGUGCUGCAUCAGAUGACCUGUCCUCCACAAUCACCGACCUCAACACAAUUAAGAUAGUUUGGGAAGAGUUGCACCGCAGAGUGAAGGAAAAGCAGCCAACAACUGCUCAACAUAUGUCGGAACUCCUUCAAGACUGUUGGAAAAGCAUUCUUCAUGAAGCUGGUUGAGAGAAUGCUAAGACUGGGCAAAGCUGUCAUCAGGGCAACGGGUGGCUACUUUGAAGAAUCUCAAAUAUAUAAUAUUUUGAUUUGUUAACACUUUUUUGGUUACUACAUGAUUCCAUAUGUGUUAUUUCAUAGUUUUGAUUUCUUCACUAUUCUUCUACAAUGUAGAAAAUAGAAAAAGUACAUUAAAACCUUGAAUGAGUAGGUGUAUCCAAACUUUUGACUGGUACUGUAUGCCAGUCUAAUGACAUCAGGAUUCCGAAAAAUGCCAGAUACGUGCCGUUUCUAGUAAGUUUCCCCAGAAUGAAACUUAGAAGAAGGGAUAUCUCACUGCUCCUGCAAACCUCCGAUACUGGAAUUAGAUUUCACUACAUGUACCUUGGCAGCUCUCAGAUGUAUGGGCUAACAAUAUGUAUUGUUUGCUGGGAGGAUGAUGAUAAUGGGCCGGGAUUAGAUGUGAGGUCUCACUCUCUCUUGCCCCCUCCCCUUCUCGGGAUGAUGAAGUUAGCUUGGACCAACACUCCAGAUUCUUUUGGCAGUGUGUAGCGCUCACCUUGUGUGUGUGUGCUCGUGUGGUUUCAUGUGCGUGUGUAUCUGUACUUUGGUAUGAGUUGUGUGUGUAUUUUUAUCAUUCUAACUUUGUCUAAGUUCUCUGUCUUUGUGUAAGUGAGUGUCUCUUUCUCUCUAUCGUUGGUUGUCUUUCAGUCUCUGUUUCAGUCUUUCUCUACCUUUGGCUGUACUUGAGUGUGUCUUUGUGUUUAUUUUUCUGUCUGCCUCAACAGAGUCUGAACAUAGGUGAGUUGGACAUUCUGACUCCAGUGUGUACACACACACACACACACACACAAAAAAGUGGGCGUCUCGAUGGAAGAGCACAAAGUCUGGACCCCGCUCUUAGUAAUGUGCCCGGCAACAAACAUAAUUGAUAGAAAACAGGCAUUACUAAUCCGACCACGUCUAAUCUUUAUGGAAAACACCCACCUCCGCUCUGCAGCGAAUUUUGCUGCUUUUCUCCGUCUGCCUCCGGUUCCAACGGGACGCAGGCUUCCCUGCUAACGCAUUCUCUGGAUGUCACUAUCUCCCCCUACACACAUGUGCUUAUGUGCACACACACAUGUGCUUAUGCACACACACACAGAUGUCGACAUGCAUGCACUCACAUUCCCAUUUCCAGAAGCCAACUCAGUGGUGAGAUGCAGUGAGUUGCUGGCAUGAAAAGAGCAUACGAAAGAGAGAGUUUAUCUACUCUGUGAAUGAGCAGCAGAGCAAAGCGAAAGGGAGGGGGGGGGGUUUAAAGUUGACCCCCGCUGCGAAGGACUGUCUGUCUGACCCAGUACUCUACUGUGAGAGUACAGUGAGGGUUAGGGUUUCAGAGGAGUUGUGAACUGGGCCUGGAAUUUACUUUGUUUAGUUUGAUAUUGUGUCUGUUGUAGAACAUUUGUGGAUGUGAGCGUUAAUGUUGGGGUGAUGUCAUUUUUACUCUGACUUUCCUCAGUUACUUACCUUUAAACAUUUUUGUUUACUGCAAUAGGCUAAGAGUCACUGCUUCAUUGGUUCAGCUGUGUUAUGACACGUGUAAUAAUGUUUUCUUUGUAAUCACCAGAGGAGAAAUGUUGCCGUUACGAGACAUUAAACACUGGUCAACAGGCCAACUGGCAGAUAUUAGUACUGAAGUGACCUUUGUCUCAACUUGUUUGUUAGCUAAGAAGGGAAGUAAAAGGCUUUGCACGCUUUUUCCGAACACGCACACCUCAUUGACAGACACACUGACGAACACACCAAGAGCGAGCAUCAGAGGGACAUAUCUAGACUGAGGUGAUAUCUAGGGACUUCUAUUUCUUUGUACUGUUGUUUUGCGCUGCAGAAAAGAGUUAAUGGGUUCAGGGGCUCUCCCUGCCUGUCUCAUAUUUCCCCCUCUCCUCCCCGAGGCAGGUGGCAGCCUGUACCAGAUGGGCAGAGCAGGUGUGUGGGGGAAGAGGAAACAUUUCAAUAUGUAAUGAGCUCCACCACCCUACUCUAGGAGAAAAGCAACAUACAUCAAUAUUUUUAUCCCGCUACAGUAUAUUAUUAUAUACUGUGGUGUUGCAAGGUAUACCGAAAUGUUGGUAUUUUUUCGAUACGAAAACCCCCCCCGGUUCGGAACUAGAAUUUUUGAAAUGUUCGGUACUUCUGUCAAAUGUGUCUCACAUGAUUGAGAGGGUCAAGUCUGUAUCAGCAGAGCCCCUUUUAUAGUGUGGAGAGUAAAGUGGCGGCUCCACUUAGGAAUUCAUUGCUCGAGCUCUCUGGGCCCCAUUAGGUCUGUACUCAUGACGCACAGAAGUUAAAAUGCUUGAAUAAUGCUACACGAUAUGUUGAAACUGCAAAACAAUGUCCAUACAUGCUAGAAUGCUUUGACAAUGCAAGAUGAUACCAGUAGCUUUCAGUUCCCUCCCCUCGUCCUUUGUUUGUGAUAAAAUGCAAACCAUAAUGCAAAUUAUGCUGAUUUCAAAGCUGAUUCUCACCAAAAACGUCCCAUUUUCUCUCUUUGCCACAGAAAACUAAUUAACUUCUUCGUCUCCCUCCCAUCUGGUUUAUACUAUAUUAAAUAGCCACAAAGUCAAAUUCCACAGCCACAUUCUGCCUUGUGAAUGAUCUCAUUACUUUCUGAAACAGACAGCCUACACUUUGAUAAUAGAGGGGAUUUCUUCUUCCAUGCAAAUGUUGUUGGUCAGUACGAUAAAAUGUGUUCUCCUAGCAGUUUCCAAUAAAGUAAGUCCUAAAUGUAAGGGAGUGUUUUGUCAUCUGUAGCCCCAUGAAAUCAGCUAAUACAAGUUCAAAUACUCAAUGCACACAUUCCUCUUGAAUAAUAUGCAUUCACCUGUAUUGUGAAUAGACCUAGGCUGCAUCUUGAUUUACCCAGUUUCUAUCUCUAAAAAUAUUUACAUAAACGUUUUUCACAUGUAAUGAUAUUGAACUCAAAAGAUGCCCAACCAUUUAACA